AUGAAGUUUACCUCCCUUUUCGUCGCUAUCCUCGGCGCAGUUGGCGCUGCAGCUCAAGCCAGCUUCAUUGGAUACCCCCCUGCUGGCAGUUCUAUCCAUCCCGGACAGGAAAUAACAGUCCAAGUCGUCAGACCAAACAGCAUCCAAGGUUCCAUUGAAGUAGGUAUGAUCAUCGGCUUGCUCGACUGCCAAUUCCUUCCUUGCCCACCCCCUAACGCCCGAGUCGGCACGAUCCUGUUCAACGGGGACUUCGCUCCUCAGCUUCAUGAGCAACCAGGAAUGCCGUACCAGAACUUCACUGUGACAAUCCCCAGCGCCGAUUUCCUACCUGACAAUGUCGCCCAACUGGGAGUUGUUCGCUUCCAUUUGAUCGGGGCCGGACCUUCGCCUGUCCUUGAAUUCAACAACGUGACACUCGGAAUCGUUCACUAA